GGUGAUUGGGAGGGGAUUGUCAACCAAUCUGGCAACCCUGGAAACUUAAGCACUGUUGUGUGUUUUGCCACAUGUGGGAGUUACAUGAAAUCGGACACUUUUUUCAGCACUAAGGACGCCUGAGACAACUGAGGGAAACAUGCAGAUCUUGCGACGAAAUACAUCGCUUGUAAAACGGGAAUAAAAGUUUGCUCGCCGCAUUGUUCCAGCACUGCGCUCGAAGACGAAGCUGGGGCAUCAGCAUCACUUGACUCCGUUGGUUGUGAAUGGAGAAUACGGCAAUGUACCUAACCACUAACACCAAUGAAGAUAACAGGGAUAACAGCUCUUUGUAUGAGGAAGGCUAUGAUGGGAUGAAUCUGUCAAAACUCAACCUCUGUGAAGAAGUAGGUUCAGCUCAACACAAAAGAAAGGCAGAUAUUUGCUGUGGUCAGUUGGACACCUUCACUGCAAUCAAAUAUGCCAUUGUGUCCCUUUACAUUCUUCUGCUGCUUACUAUAUUUGGCCUCUUCAUAGCAGUGUCAAAAUCCCAGGCUUUCUCGGAGAGGCAAACAACUUUGCUGGAGAAUGUGACUCAUCUGGGAGAGCAAACUGAGACCUUGCAGAGAUCUCUCAGCCAGCUUCCCUCUCAGAGCGAUCUUCUGGAGAACAUCUGGAAGCUAGAAACACUCUUCAAUAACCAUAGUGAACAGCUGCAGCAACUAGGUCAGCUGGCGCAAGGCUUGAACAGAGACAUCAAGGACCUGCAAGCUCUCUCUGAACAUACCUCAGAUUCUCUGGCUCAGGUGUGGGACCAUCUUGCCAUGAUCGUUCAGUCCAGCCAAAGGAAUAGCAGCAGUCUUGGAGAAGAGUUAACCUUGGCUACUGUAUCUAUCCGAGCCCAACAUGCAAAGUUACAGACAAUGGUGCUAAACUUUGAGACUCUACAGGAGCGUCUUGAGGAGGUCGGAUGGACGGUGCAGAUUUUAAACCAUUCACUUAGUGGAGAUGUUAGUCUGCACCAGAUGAAAAUCGGGGAAUUGCAGGAGAAGAUUGGAAAUGUUUCACAUGAUACGGCAAGCAUGAAGAUCACACAAAUUCAUCUUGAGGAACAGACGAGGAACGAGAUUGAGAUUCUAAAUGUCAUUACAGCAGACCUGAGGUUGAAGGAUUGGGAACACUCCAUGGCCCUCAAAAACUUAUCUAUAUUGCAAGGACCACCAGGUCCAAAGGGUGAGAAGGGUGAUAUGGGGCCCCUGGGACCUGCUGGACUUCCUGGUUUGACCGGAAUAAGAGGUUUAGCAGGAGAGAAGGGCAUUCAGGGACCUCGGGGACUGGCAGGACGAGGUGGUCAGGAUGGCCAUAAUGGAGAGAAAGGAGAUAUUGGACCUGUGGGACCUAAAGGUGAAAGAGGAGAGCGGGGACAAAAAGGAGAAAAGGGCGAGCGAGAAGACAAAGGAGAGAAAACAGCUGAAGAAACUCUGGUGAGGCUGGUGAAUGGGUCAGGGCCUCACGAGGGUCGAGUUGAAAUCUUUCACGAGCGUCGAUGGGGGACGGUGUGUGACGAUGUUUGGGACAUAAAAGAUGGAACCGUUGUGUGCAGGAUGCUGGGGUACCAUGGCGCCAAAGAAGUCCACAAAACGGGGCGGUUUGGACAAGGUACUGGUCUGAUCUGGAUGGAUGAUGUUGCUUGUGUGGGGACUGAGGAGACUAUUCACCAGUGUAAGUUCUCAGGCUGGGGAAAAACCAAUUGUGGUCAUGUGGAAGAUGCUGGGGUGACCUGUAAUAUCUAGCCUUUUCAAAUCUUUAAUAACUUGAGCUCAGCAGUGUGGAAAGCAGCAUAUUGUGUCGAUCUAUACGCCUGACAAAGAGCCUGAUAGUGAGUCUUUUAGAGGGUUUUGAGGCCUGGAGAUCAGACUGUGGCACAGGCAUCUACAUAUACCAACAUAUCUGUUAACACACACAUCUAGUGUUUUUAUAUGGACUGUUUGGCUUUAAUUUCGCUUUGUGUUUUUAUUGUGUUUAUGUUGUGUACAGAUAGAUGCUUUUAGAUUUCCAAAGAGUUUAACUGACUGUUAUUAUAUUUUUAUAUGUUUAAGUCUCUUAAUAAGCAAUUAAAAGUCUGUGCAUUCACAAAUUUGGCCUUAUAACAGAGAUGUUAUAGCAGGGUCAGCAUUUAUAUACCUCAGUCUAUGGUAAGUACCAAUAAAAGUAAGUCUGAUUAGUUUGUAAAGUGAUUGAGUCAGAUUUCAUUGUUUAUUGUGAACUGUACGCACGCUCUAUAUGUGCACAGUAUGUUGCUUGGCAAGUGCAAACAGCCUACAGGCGUAGGAUAAUAAACCAUUUUACUUGAUGAAUGAAUUGUAUUUUUCAAUAAUUAUUAAUAUAUAUAUAUAUAUAUAUAUGUCUUAUAUUGUGUUCCCACCAUUAAAUAAAAAAUAAUAGCCACCCUAACUUAGGCAGAAUAUCCCUGACAAACGCUGUAAAAUUACGUGCCUUAUAAUUAAAACACUAAAAUAAAGUAUUUAUAUUAUUAGCAUACUGUAAUACUAUUGGUAUUUUAAUGCUAAAUCAUGUUAUCUGGUGGAAAUAAUAAAAAUUUCAACAAAAUGAAAGAUUAUUAUUGGAAGUUAUAAUAGCAUUGUUUAUUUCUUUUGCUUUUUCACAACAAUAAAAUAAUG